UCUUCCAGCAAGCAUCAAAGCUGGACCGACCUACCCUCUAGGAACCGGGAUCCCCUCCUGCCUCAGCCACCCUUGCCAGGGUCUAGCAAGCCCGGACCACGACACCUGCCAGGUGGCACCGGGACGAGGAUCGGGCGCUCCGACGCCGAUGGCUGCCACUGUCCAGGACAGCUGUAAGGAGGACUGCGUAGGGCCGCGGCUUCCCGACCGGUCACAGGAAUCACAGCUGGAUAAAGGAGCUCGGCCCGCCAGCGCCUGCGUCCCCAAGGGGUCCCGGGCUGCAGGCGGCGGGCUCCCGGCGGCCGACCCCUCUUCACCGCUGCUGCGGGCCGGCCCGGUUGGGUCCUCGGCCGACGGCGCCAUGCCCGAGCUGGUGGUGAGCGCGCUGUUGGCGCCGUCACGCGCCUCGCUGAAGCUGCUGCGUGGCCUGCUGUGGCUGCUAGUGUACUCCGCGGCCGCGGUGGCCGCCGCCGUCUACGGCUGCAUCGCGCUCACGCACGUGCUGUGCAGGCCUCGGCGCGGCUGCCACGGGCGCCCGCGGUGCGCGGCGCCUGCCUGCCUGGUGGACCCCUCGCUGGGCGAGCACGGCUUCCUGAACCUCAGGAGCUCGGGCCUGCGUCUGCACUUCGUCUCCGCUGGUCGUGGCAACGGUCCCCUCAUGCUGUUUCUCCACGGCUUCCCUCAAAACUGGUUUUCCUGGCGCCACCAGCUCCGGGAGUUCCAGAGCCAUUUCCACGUUGUGGCUGUCAACCUGCGUGGCUAUCUCCCCUCAGAGGCUCCAAAGGACGUGGACUGCUACACCAUGGACCUGCUGAUGGCAGACAUCCAGGAUGUCAUCCUGGGCCUGGGUUACUCCAAGUGCAUCCUCGUGGGCCACGACUGGGGCGCCACCCUUGCCUGGAAUUUCUCCAUCUAUUUUCCCUCCCUUGUUGACCGGAUGGUAGUGGUCAGUGGCCCCCCCUCAUCCGUUUUCCAAGACUACUGCAUUCGCCACUUCGGCCAGUUCUUCAGGACGAACUACAUGUUCCUGUUCCAGCUGCCCAGGCUGCCAGAGAGGCUGCUGUCCAUGUCUGACUUCCAGAUCCUGAAAAGCUCUCUCACGGGCCGCAAGACGGGCAUCCCUCGCCUCACGCCCUGCGAGCUCGAGGCCUUCCUGUACGGCUUCUCUCAGCCCGGUGGCCUCACCGGGCCCAUCAACUACUACCGGAACAUCUUCAAGAACUUCCCCCUGGAGCCCCAGGAGCUCGCUGUACCCACAUUGCUGCUGUGGGGGGAGAAAGACCCCUACUUCGAGGUGGCCUUGGUGAGGGCCAUUGAGAGCCGCUUUGUGCCGGGCCGGCUGGAGGCCCACAUCCUGCCGGAUGCGGGACACUACAUCCCGCAGAGCCACCCCCGAGAGAUGCACCAGUACAUGUGGGCCUUUCUGCAAGACCUGCUGGCCUCGAGCCCGCUGUCAGGGGCUGCCUGGGCCGGGGACCAGGGUCACACACACAUGCAGGAGGCCCAGCAGCCCCUGCGCUCACACCCGGGCAUGGGCAUGUGCAUGUGACAGCGACAACUCUGACUGGGGAACCCGGCCCGCCCCUCCUUCACGCUGAGACCCAGUGUCCCCUUCCCUCCCCUUGCCACAGGUGGCCUCCUGUGCCCGGCUUCCGUGGGGAGCCCAGGUCUCAAGUUUCUUUCAGCACUGAAUCCACGGCAGCGGUGCUUGGUACAGGCAGACCCUUCCACUCCAGAGUGGGUUCACCCAGGCGGGGUCCAGUGGGGAACCAGGGCUUCCAUCCCUCCGUGUACUUCAGGUGCUCACCCUUCAGCUGGGUGUGGUGGCACUCACGGGGCAUCCCAGCACUCGGGAGGCCAGGGCAGGAGAAUCACCACAAGUUGGAGGCCAGGCUGGGCUACAAAAUGAGUUCAAAGCCACUCUGUCUCAAAAAGAUAAAAGGUUUUACUAGACAGUGGCAAGUCAGGUUGCAUCCGCCCGCCACAGCCUGGGCUGGCCCAUCUCUGAGCCCCGGGAAAAUCGCUGUGGGAUCUUUAGCAUGGGAUUUUGGACUCAGCCCAGGAAGGCACCAGCCCCUAGGAUCUUUGGCUUCCAAUCAUCCCACGUUUCCAGAAGUCCAAACAAGGGUUUUAUGAGUGGCGGGCAACCACACAGUGCCAAGCUGGUCACGACAUCAACUUCUCUCCCUGGUUUUACUCAGCCUUUUGGGCAGUGUUGGCACCUACAGACUAAGGAUUCGGAAGAGUUGAAAAAUAUAUUCUGUUAACUGGAUGUGGAGGCACAAGCCUGUAAUUCUAGCACUCUGGGAGGCUGAGGCAGGAGGAUCCCAAAUUCCAACCCAGACAAGGGCAUUUUAACAAAAUCCUUUCUCAAAAUAAAAAAAAAAAAAAUAGAAAUAA